AUAGUGUCUUGAAUUUUGAGGAAAGCUACUCGAGGGCUGUGACUGCUGGCCAUCUUUAAUUUUGAAGCGAUAGUUUAGAGGGCAGACAGAUAGUCAUCAUCACUGGUCGCCAUCUUUUGGGUUUCUCCUCACCAACGAAGACUGCGGUUGACAGUCAUACUGUAACUCCUUAGCGUCUGAAAUGGUAACCUACAUAAUAUAAGUUCAACGGUUAGAGAGGAAAGAGUUAAGAGCAUACGAUAUUGUAGAUUUUGGCCUGCAUGCACAACACCAGGUAACCUAACAACAUCUUAGUAACCACUAUCUCUUACUACAACCUUCAAAAGAUGUCGUCUACAAGUAGCACAAAACAAACUUCACCCAGUAACUGUAAGACUCAUCAAGAACAAGGAUGUUGUCAACCAGAUGAAUCUAAUAUACAAUGUAACAAUGGCAAUAUAAAAAGAGGCUGUCAGUCUUACGAAAAUUGUACAAGUGGUCAUGAUAAAGACAAAGAUGAAUGCUGCCAAAGUGACGAACAUUGCAUGGAGAUUAAACCUGAUGACACAAACACGGAUAAAUGUGAACAUGGUGAUAGUCAUCAUCACUGUGACGCACAUGACGAUGAAGAAGCAUUUCUGUUAGAAGCAACUCAUAAAGAUGUCAUGCCGCCGGAGAAAACAUGCGAAAUUUAUGAUAAACACGCAGAUUAUUAUGAAAAGUUCAUAAUAAAACAUGAAUCUGAAACUUGGUACGUAAUUGUGACCGAGUUGAUGAACUUUCUGAAAGAGAAAAGUGGCAGAAUCUUGGACGUCGGAGCUGGGACAGGAGCAACUUCAAACGUGCUAAAACAACGUGGAUAUAAUAAUAUUGAUGCCCUAGAUGGAAGUGAAGGAAUGUUGAAAAUAGCCAAAACCAAAAAUAUCUAUCAGAAUUUUAUCCAUCUUAUUCUGAAGGGUGGAGUUCGCAUCCCCAAUAUUGAAAAUGAUACCUACAGCGCUGUUGUGUUAAAUGGAGUAUUUUGUCCAAAUCAUUGUGACUCUGAGGUUUUUCCUGAACUGAUUCGUGUUGUAAAGCCAGGAGGGUAUAUCUGUUGGACAAUAAAUAUUGGUGAAAAUAAGGACGAGGAGAAAUUCAACAAUGAUGUAGAAAACCUAUGUAAGGAAGGCAAGUGGAAGAAGCUAUUGGAAAAAGUUCAUGAUGGCUACUAUGGAGAAGAAAAGAUUACUAUAAUGGAAGUUUUGUAAGAGGUGUUACUGUGUUUGUAAGAAAAAUAUGUGUGCCAGUCGUUUAAUAAAAAGAAGAAGAACAUAGUCAACACUAAAUUUAGAGGUAACAAUGGAAAUAAAGUGGUGACGAAAAACUUCUGAUCAAUAUAACUUUUGUUGUUCACACCUGCAUUUUACUUAUCUCUUUAGUUCCAAUACAUAAAUAUAUUUGAGGAUUUGGUUAAUAAAACUAUUAACUACCUUUUUGCAUA